CCCAUGUUGCCCAUGUCCGCCCACAUAGCGGAAUCAAUUCCUCCCGGCCGGUCAAGUUCCAGCCAUGCACCCAUCAAGCCACCCAACUUGAGACCCUGCCCUCCAUCUUCUGCCACAUCCGCAGAUCUCCCGGAGUUUCGGCAUUUACCACGUGCAAACCACGAUGAGCGGACACUCCUUACCUCUCCGCCUCAUUCUCCAUGCUUGCUCCAUGCCAACGUGUCAACAUCUCAACAUUGCAUUUUGCGCAAUCCCCAGAUCUGCAGCUCUACCGCGCCACACUGACGCGCACCCCGCCGGCCAGGCUACAGGCAGGAUGGAGAGGCUGGGGCUGGAUUACACAGCUCCACUGGCCACUGAUCCACUUCCUCCAUGCUCCACAGGAGCAUACCACACGCGUGCCGUGGCGUGCCGCGUACGCGUGUUGACAUGGGAGUUGGUGUACAGUACAAUCAAGAGUCCGGAAGCCAUACGUGGUGCGUUCGUAUGAUCGUCUGCGUACCCGCAUGUCAUUGUGUCUGUCAAGGUUGCAAUUCGCAAGCAAAGUUGAAGGAACGGAAGCCUUGGCCUUUCGCCUCGUUCGUAGCCUUCGUGGGAUCGUGGGAAUACUGUACAACCGCCUUCCGGCACCAUUCACUGUUGAGGGAUUUAAUCCAGGCGCGCAGGACAUGCCACGCCUCCUAUCCUGGAUCUACUUGCGUCGAGCGCGUCUGGGGACCAUCUUGCCGGGCCGAGCUGAGGCGCGGUGAGCCCCGCCGCCGAUGCCGGUGUAUGCCAGUCAGAGGAGGAAUGCUCACGAUGCCAGCCAGGAGAAUCGGGGGCCAGUACGCCCUACGCCACUGGUAUACUCAUCGACCGGUCUGGCAAGCUGGCAAAGCCGGCAAGACCAUGCCCGGCGUAUUUGUCCAAGAUCUAGGCCGCGCAGACGUGCCAGCCAGUGCUCGUAGCCUGACCCUGCCACGGCGCAAAUUACAAACCGAGAUGCCGAGUGGAUCUCGAUAGCGCAGAUGCACGGGAGGGCAGGCCAGUCGGCAGUCAGCGAUCGGCGAUCGGCGAGCUAGGCCAGUCGGCCAUCUACUGUACAGUAGUACAGUAGGUCCUCCCGGAGAUCUCGUCCGCUGCAGUUACUCAGUGCUCGCUCGCGCUCGCUCUUUCG